GGCGGAGCGCAGGCGGCGGCGGCUGAGGCGGCAGCGGUGGCGGCGGCGGCGGCUCUGGAGGCCGCAGUCCCGGUCGCGGCUUCGGCCCCAGCCCCACCAUGGUGACGCUCGCUGAGCUGCUGGUGCUCCUGGCCGCGCUCCUGGCCACGGCCUCGGGCUACUUCGUCAGCAUCGACGCGCACGCCGAGGAGUGCUUCUUCGAGCGGGUCACCUCGGGCACCAAGAUGGGCCUCAUCUUCGAGGUGGCCGAGGGCGGCUUCCUGGACAUCGACGUGGAGAUUACAGGGCCUGAUAAUAAAGGAAUUUAUAAAGGAGACCGGGAGUCCAGUGGGAAAUACACCUUUGCUGCUCACAUGGACGGAACAUAUAAGUUUUGUUUUAGUAAUAGGAUGUCCACCAUGACUCCAAAGAUAGUGAUGUUCACCAUUGAUAUUGGGGAGGCCCCGAAAGGACAAGACAUGGAAACAGAAGGUGGUGGAGAUACCUGGGAUGCUCACCAGAACAAGCUAGAAGAAAUGAUUAAUGAGCUAGCAGUGGCGAUGACAGCUGUAAAGCAUGAACAGGAGUACAUGGAAGUUCGAGAGAGAAUACACAGAGCAAUCAACGACAACACGAACAGCAGAGUGGUCCUCUGGUCCUUCUUCGAAGCCCUGGUCCUCGUUGCCAUGACGUUGGGGCAGAUCUACUACCUGAAGAGGUUCUUUGAAGUCCGGAGGGUGGUUUAAAAGCCUCUUCGUGAUGCUCUCAAACUCAUAAUUAACUCACUGUUUACCAGACAUCUUGGUCAUAAUAAUGUCAUGAGUUUCUACGUUUUUAUUUUCUGAACUGUACAUUCACAGCUUAUGUUUCUUUGUAAUUAAUAGCUAUUGGGAGAAACCCCUUUUUAGGAAAGUUUAUAGUGAAGAUUUGAUGUUUGAUUGGUAUAAUUUCUUACUUGAAUUCUGCCUCCAGUAUACAGGCCCUUCUGGAACUCAAACACUGUAAGUGAAAUAGAGGUGUGUAGUCCUUAUUGUAUCUUCUUUUUCUUUUGUUUUGAAAUAAAAGGCAGUGUGUUCAGGAUAGUACUUUACUGAAAUGAUUGCGUCCUCUGAAUCCCUUAUUAAGUCAUUGAAGAUUCAUCUUGUUCAGUCCUUAUGAGAAACGACAGUCUGAAUCUUGAUUUUCUCCCCAGCCUGGUGGCAGAGCUCUGUGACUUUGGAGUGUGCUACCAGAUUGGUACUUUUAUACUUCGUUUUUGCUUUGAAGAUAAGACUUAACCCAACAACAUUUUCCCCCGUAAAUUUUUACUUUGAACCUUUGGACUCAAUCACCUCCGCUUAAAUUGAUGACACGAGCAGCUAAUAACUGUUUUGGGUUUCUGCCUAACCUUGUAAAAGUUAUUAAAGCCAGUUCUCUGGGUGUUUCAGCAAACGGUAGCUCUUUUCCUUUCUGUGCUGGCAUGUUGCUUUCUCUGCUCUUGGCACGUAGGAACUAUGCAUUCAUGCAAUUGGGAAAAUCUGAAUUUCUGAUGCCAAAGGGUUAAAGCCUCUUGGAUUUCAUUGCAGUGAUAGACAGCCACUAUUUUAUUUUUGAUCAGUGGCAUUUUGGCCACUAAGGUUUAAUUAGGGUACUGAACAGCACUGUCAGUACUAGGGUUUUUGUUUUUCUUGGGUCUUUGGUUUUUGGCACAUGUGAAUUUUGUUUUGUAUAAAACAAAAUGACUUUUUCUUGGUCUCUGAUGAUGGGUUUAAAAUUAAAAGAGCAUCUGGUUUUGGUGUAGGGAUGAUCCAGGAUUAUGUUGUGACUGAUGUAUAUUAGUUACUUGGACAUUUUUUUUGGAUCUUUGCAAGGGGAAAACUACAAGUAACGAGUUUUAUAUAAUUAAUUUAAAUUUGUUACAGGUUUUCAUGUUCAGGAUAAACAAUUUUUCAACCUUAGGUGAAAAUACUUGCAACAGUUUAAGGUCAGUGUUACCUUAGGACAACUGUUGCAUGCCAAUUUGUGUGUGUGUGUGAAAACACUUCAAAAUUGAAUUAACAGAUGUAAAUUUAAAAUUGGUUGUGUAUCUAAUCUGCCCCAGGUUCAAUAAAUAAACAGUUCUUUUUAAAAACA